AUGGCAGGAGAUGUCGUCGUGGGGGCGCAAACGAAUACGAACAGGAAGACGACAAUACAUGAAACAGACACGGACACAACAAUGUUGUCGAAGAUGAUGAACGACCACCACGAGUACAACAAACACGACAUAACCUACAAAGUCAACCACAUUGAUCUAAUCACUAGACCCGAUCAUAAUUACGCCAUGCAUGACGUCAUUUCCAGGACAGCAACGAUAGAGACACGUGACAAUGCGCCAAUCAUGGUACAGAAUGUAAGACGGAGCUUGAUGGAGAGCGUGAACCAGGUUUGUGAUGAUGACGUGGCAUCUGGUCAACGACGAGAGUGUCAUAAAUCUGUUGAUUGUUACGGCGGGGGAAGUGGACGCCGACACAUCCGACGUGGCAGUACCAACUCGCUUCCGCUAGACGCGUGUCGAAGGAGACUAGUGUUUUGAUGUGAUCGAUCUCUUUAGGUUCUUUGUACGUCACAGUCACGACAGUUUUCACCUACAACACGUUUUGGUAGCUCUUAUUAUAUACAGUAAUGUUUUUUUAUUUUAUUUUAUAAUGUUUUUGAAUUCAUAAUCUACUAAUAAUUAAG